CUGACAGGUCAGCUAACCUAUGCGUGUAUUGCUCCACGUCUGCAGGACUGAGUAAAAUGGACGCGGUGCUGCUGGAUCCGUCGCUGUAUACAGUGAAAGCUGUUUUGAUCUUGGACAAUGAUGGAGAGAGACUACUUGCCAAGUACUAUGAUGAGACAUAUCCAACUGUGAAAGAGCAGAAGGCGUUUGAGAAGAAUAUAUUUAAUAAAACCCAUCGGACGGACAGUGAGAUUGCUCUACUUGAGGGACUAACGGUGGUCUACAAGAGUUCCAUUGAUCUAUACUUCUAUGUCAUUGGAAGCUCGCAUGAGAAUGAGCUCAUGUUGAUGGCAGUUCUCAAUUGUCUUUUUGACUCACUAAGUCAAAUGCUCCGAAAAAAUGUGGAAAAGCGAACUCUGCUUGAAAACAUGGAAGGACUGUUCCUGGCAGUUGAUGAGAUAAUCGAUGGCGGUGUUAUUUUGGAAAGCGAUCCUCAGCAAGUAGUUCACCGGGUCGCCCUAAGGGGAGAUGAUGUUCCUCUCACAGAACAAACAGUUUCUCAAGUUCUUCAGUCGGCAAAAGAGCAAAUAAAGUGGUCACUUCUGCGAUAGUUGGAUAAUUUUAAGUACGGCAUAUAUUCAUUCCAUCUUGAGAAGACUUUCCACGCUCCUCCCUCUACUUUAAUCUGUAUAAUGAGCAUUACUUUUUUAUAGUUCUAGGCCAUUGCACUAAUGUCCUUGUGUCAUUGUUCCUGCUUAUAAGGACAGUAAUUCAAUGCUCUGCAGGUCCCUAGAACAGCAAAUUAAUUUACAACUUUUGACUUUAUUGCCUUUAUUUGUCCUAUCACACAUAUAGCUUCCUUAUCUUUACAGAAUGCUAGCAAGUGAGAACAUAGCACCACGUUGUUGUAGUACUAGAACAUCACAAAGUGUCAUUACAAAUUCAACCAUUGUCCUUACAAUUAAAGCCACAGAGCUAGUAUUACAUUUUCAUGUUGCCUAUUAUUGGCAGUAAAUGCCCAUAUGACAGAGUAGUAGAUUUCUCCAGGGGGCUUGGAUCAUGUACAGUUACCUUUUUUCUUUAUAACAUUAUCUUCAGGAAUAAUAAUAAAGAACCUCCAUAUCCUUUCACGCUCUACCAGAGACCACAGCCUUGGGCAAUAUGAUAUUACAUUAAAUGCAAUGUGAGUUGACAAAGUGGACCAAUUGUGUGUGUAUAAAGGGCAUGCCUGUGCUACUUCAGGGUUACACAAGUCCAUAACCUAAGGAUCUUAAAAGCCUAGGCCACUGCUUUCCAAAUGCAGAUGGUGGGUUUCUGACCCCCAGCAUGCCUGAAAAGUCUGCAUUCCUUGUUAUAUAGCAUCAGUGUUCUAGUUGAUGCUGUGGACCUACAGAAUUUUAAAGGCCUGCAUUCUGCAUCAGUAAGACAGCACUGGUCUAGGUAUAAAAAACAUUCUACAUGAGCACAUAUGUUUUGUCAUGCCUGAAUUGCACACAUGUGAAACAGAAAGCUGUACAAAAUAUUAAUAAACAUUCAACCAACAUGAAA